CCCCCACAAGUUCCCUCUUGCUUCCCCAGGUUCCCCACCCUCGUAUUUCCCUUUCUUUCCUUUCCCCUCACAACUACCGUCAGUUUCAUUCUCUCUCUCUCUCUCUCUCUCUGCGAAGACUCCCUAGUCUGCCCAAUACCCAUUACAUGAACCGAUCACCACAUUCUCACUGAUUCCCAAUGGCGGGUGGUCUGCACUCAUCCCUCAGACCCACCCCACCCUCCUCCUCCUCAUCAUCGUUCACUUCCAGGCUCCUCUUGAUGCUCACAAUCCUUCCCUUAACCCUCGCCGCCUUCGCAUUCGUCCUCCAGUGGCGCGGCGGCCUCACCGACCCGACCACCCGCUGGUCGCCCGACCCGUUGUUCCCGGGCAUGGACCCGUCCGGAACCGUCCGCUCCUCCGCGGCCGCGUCCUCCGACUGCGUGGAUCUUCUGGGUCGGAGCCGGUCCGCUUCGUUCCCGUACUACAGGGACUGGAAGUUCAGUUACGGGUCUGAUCUGAGACCCAAAUUAUGUAUUACUACAAGCACUUCAGCUGGCUUAGAGCAGACUCUACCUUGGCUAUUCUAUCAUAAGGUUAUUGGAGUUACAAACUUCUUCCUGUUUGUAGAAGGGAAAGCUGCAACCCCUAGUGUAUCAAAAGUCCUAGAGUCCAUUCCAGGAGUAAAAGUUAUAUACAGAACAAAAGAAUUGGAGGAGCAACAAACUAGAAGUCGGAUCUGGAAUGAGACUUGGUUGGCGAGCUUUUUCUACAAGCCUUGCAACUACGAGUUAUUUGUCAAGCAAUCCCUCAAUAUGGAAAUGGCUAUCGUCAUGGCAAGGGAAGCAGGCAUGGAUUGGAUCAUACAUCUUGACACUGAUGAGUUAAUUCAUCCAGCGGGUGCUCGUGAGUACUCUAUGAGACAACUGCUAGCAGAAGUGCCUGGAAAUGUGGAUAUGGUUAUCUUUCCAAAUUACGAGAGCAGCGUUGAGAGAGAUGACAUUAAGGAACCUUUCAGCGAGGUGUCAAUGUUUAAGAAGAAUUAUGACCACCUUCCGAAAGACACAUACUUUGGUAAUUACAAAGAAGCAACGCGUGGUAACCCUAACUACUUUUUGACUUAUGGAAAUGGGAAAUCAGCUGCCCGCAUCCAAGAUCAUCUUCGUCCUAAUGGUGCACACAGAUGGCACAACUAUAUGAAGACCCCGAAUGAGAUCAAAUUGGAUGAUGCUGCUGUUUUGCAUUAUACAUAUCCAAAGUUCUCUGAUUUGACCUCAAGACGUGAUCGUUGCCGUUGUAAGCCUACAAAGGAAGACGUUAAGAGAUGCUUCAUGUUAGAAUUUGACCGAGCUGCAUUUAUAAUUGCUUCAACCGCAACUGAAGAGGAGAUGCUUCACUGGUACCGGGAACAUAUCGUGUGGACUGACAAAGCAGUAAAUGCAAAACUUUUAAAGAAGGGAAUCUUGACUCGCAUUUAUGCUCCCAUGGUCAUUGUACAAGAGUUGAGAGAAUCCGGCGUUUUCACGUCUGUAGUUGCGGCUGCGCAUACAAAUCUAUCGAAGGAUGAAUUCUUGUCAUCUAUUGAGAGUAGUAAUACCUCUAGAGGCAUAGAAUCUAGAGGGAUUUCGUCAAGAAAGAUUGGCAAUAGCGGAGAGUCUCAAGCAACUGCAAGGAAGGUUUUGGAAACUGCAUUAACUGAUUCUUAUGCAGUGCCGCCAUUAUCUCCUCCGAGUAUGAAGGAUAUCCACCUUGAUAUAUAGAACCCCCUUUUAUUUACAGCAACUCUCUACCUUUUGUCCCUUCCAUCACUAUCUUAUGACUGGAAAAAUAGUUUGCUUCGAAGAGUGAAAAUGGAAGAAGUUUUAGAUGGAGGUGGAGAAGAGAAGCGGCAAAAUAGGGUAGUAGAUGGAUCACGGAUUUGUACAGGGGUUUGUCUUAGGGAAAAGAAUCACCAAAGAAGUGAGUUUUCCUUCUUCACUCAACUAUCCUCUUAACUUUUCCUUGUUAAAUUCUUCAUUUCCUUCAAAAAUCCCUCUACCAACUCAUGAUUCAAACACUGCCUGAAGGAGCCGGUUUGCUCGAGGGACUUCUUUGGUGUUCAGUUUCGUUGGGAUGUUCCCGAUCAUUAACCAAGCGUUGGUGUUCAUAUUCAGGCUUAGAUUGUAGAUUUUAGAUCAGGGGAUAUAUAGAGCGGGAUACUUGUUGCGAUCCGUGUUUUUCCUCCUAUUAUUCUUUCGGGUGCUUUGGAGUCAACGCCAGGGUUUUCCCAAUGUUACACAGAGAUUCAAUUCGAAACAAUAAUGUCCAGAGGAUCUUUCUCUGGAGAAAAAGAAUGAUGGCACGUCUUGUUUUGCUCUGCAUACUGUAUAUGAACCGGAAGUAAGAUGAUAUACCCUUAGUGAAUUUACCUUUCUUCAGUUUUUUUCUCGUUCUGUUGUCGAUCAUGUAGAGAUUCCUCUUUUGGUA